AUGGGACGGGCCAGGAUUGCUGCUCGAUCCCUGGUGACUCUCCUCGGGUUGGGCCAGGAGAAGAGCGAUGAAAGCCAAGUAUCCUUUCAUGGCGGAGCGUUUCGUCUUCCUCGUUCCCCAGCAGAAGUAGUUCUGAUGUGCGAGGGAGGCCUGAGGGAAGCUUCGCAUCGGUACAGUAGGGUCAAUAAAACGGUAUCCUCUCAGCCGACAAAAGAUCUGCUGAGAAACCGACUCCUUCAAGUCGCGGCACGUAGGAGACGCACCAUCCUUCCCACCAAACCUUUUGAGCUUAGUAAGAGGAGAGCCUUCGCCAUGAACGGAUAUCUCGCAGCCAUUGCCCUAUUCCUUGUUCUACCCGAAGAGAGUCUUCAAGGAUGGGGCAAAAACACCGAGACAACAAUACCUCCACCAGCUGCACCUACUACAACUCGGAUUCCCCCGGACUGUAGCAAAUUCACAACAUCCAGAGCACUAUACCUUGAUGGCUCCUGUGGACGCUCUAACCUGUCAAGAGCGUCUACGUCCACAAGCUGGUUCAGGUGGUUCCUGGAGGUCUUCGGAUUGCAAUGGCUGAAUGCCGAGCCAGAGGGGAGACAAGGAGGAUUGAUCAUUGGAGGGACCCCGGCCACCAUCGCGGAAGCGCCUUGGCUGGCCCACGUUGAAUCGGUUCAUUCUGGAAAACUAUAUUAUUGUACGGGCUCUAUCAUCGACGAUAGUCAUGUCCUGACUGCUGCUCACUGCGUGGAGAAGGGGGGCAUAUGGGCAAGUUCUGUGGCGGUGACGGAAACUCGGACUACACAAGCGCAACAAGAUUCAAUGCUUCGUUCUGGCGCCCCCAUCCUUCUUUUAGUGAGUCCUGUAACAACCUAUGCAACCACCGUCUCGAUAAAAGGCAAGAUUUGUGUUUCUGCAAUGUCUUCGGGGAGACCUCUUGCUGAUGAAUCGGCCCUCACUCUCGGCAACGACAUUGCAGUGAUAAGGCUUCGCCAGUCCCUGCGCUUCUCACCCACCGUUCAGCCGAUCUGCAUCCCGCGGUCCGACAUCGUGUACGAUGCCCAAGCAUGCACCACGAAAAUGUUCGGAUGGGGUUACACUUCCCAGAAUCCCAUCGUUCGUUCCAACAUCUUGCAGAAACUGGACGCGAAAGUCUUUCCCAAGGAAAAUUGUCGUGUUGACUACAACAAAGGGCUCAUCUGCGCCAAGGGUGUCUCCACGGGGACUGGAGGCUGCUUUACUCAAGUGCGUGUAAAGUUCGAAUGGAGUUGCAAAACAUUUGCUCGAAGUAAGGACAAGUCUUCCUUGCAGGGAGACAGUGGAGGGCCUCUGGUUGUAUACAAGGACGGAAUAGCCUACGUCAUCGGCGUGUACGCAAUAGUAUGGGAACCUUGUGGGACCUAUCAUGAUGCAUUCACACAUGUGUCGGACUUCACCAGCUUCAUCUCGAAUGAAAUCAGGAAUGGAUGA